AACGCUCUAAGCGCCAGUUUAAAGUCCAAAUUGUUCGAUUUUCAGGUGCCCACUCAGCAGGAGGCUUUGACGAUUCUGAAGAAGCGUCUGGAAGAAAUCACCAUCAAAGAGCUGCCUCGACGUAGGUUGAGAAUGCUCUCGAAGCUCUCCGAAGGAGCGUAUGGAACGGUCUACAUAGCUGAGGCCGACGGUAUCACCGAUAGCAGCGCUUCCCCUUUAGACACUAGAUUCGUAGCGAUUAAGUUUUUAGGCGAUAACGCCUCUAAAAAGGAGAAGGAAGAUUUCUACAGGGACGUGCGAUUGCUGGCUGCUCUGGACCACGACAAUUUGGUGCGAGUGUUGGGAAUCUGCAGCCAGGAGGAGCCACUGUGCGUGGUCAAGGAGUAUCUGGAACACGGCGAUUUGUGCCAGUUCCUGAAGAUUCACGUGACCAGCGAGAACAACGCCACGUUGCCUUUUGGAGUGAAAAGUCUCAGCUUCAACUGCCUAAUGUACAUAACCACGCAAAUCGCCAGCGGCAUGCGGUAUCUGGAGACGCUGAACUUCGUCCAUCGGGACUUGGCAACGCGCAAUUGCCUAAUAGGCAAAGCCUACCAGCUGAAGAUUUGCGACUAUGGCACCUACAACGAACUCUAUGUGAAUGACUACUACAAAGUGGAUGGAAACACCCCGCUUCCCAUCCGGUGGGCGGCUUGGGAGGCUGUCUUUAAAUCGAAGUAUACAACGAAAAGCGACGUCUGGUCGUUUGCAGUUACGCUAUGGGAGAUUUUGACGCUCUGCAGAAGGCAACCGUACGACUACAUGACUGAUCCGGAAGUGGUGGAGAAUUUAGGAAGGCAGCACUGUGAUGAUAUUAAAUACAAGUACCUACCGAAGCCAUCGAACAAUCAAGACAUCUACAGCCUGAUGUUGGAGUGUUGGAGGCGCGAGGCCAACGACAGGCCCACAUUCAGGGAAAUACACAUGUUUUUGCAGCGAAAAAACCUCGGGUACGCCCCUGUUUAGUUCAGAUAACGGAUCUAAUCGUUGUUGCGAAUAAAGCAUAGGCGGGGUCGGGAAUUGUUAAGCGGCAGGCUUGUGUUUUUUCAAUGAGAAAUUUGGGAAAAAUGGGAUUUUGGGGCCUAAAGGAGUGACCUUUGGUUGAGUUCUUUCGCGCUUCAAUUCAAAUGCGUCUCUCUCAAACUAGAAUAGGUAAAAGAGCGAUUUUUUUCCUCGACGUGAAGACGAGUUGAAUUAAAAUUAUCAGUGAGUUUAGAUUUAAUCGGGCCAACAACAGGUUUUUGAGGAAUUUUAGAAAUUUUAAGUUGCGUUUUUGGUGCCUCGCUCCGGUAUUUAAAAAAUUGUCACUCCCCAAUUAGAAGAGAUAGAAGCUCGAUUUUUUUCCUCGACGUGAGGAACAACAACAGGUUUUUGAGGAAUUUUCAAAAUUUCAAUUUCAGUUUUUGUGCCUCAGUCCGCGAUUCAAAAAUUGUUUCUCCUUAAUUAGAAGAGAUAAAAGAGCGAUUUUUUUCCUCGAUGUGAGGAAGAGCUUUAUUAAGAUUCUCAAUGAGUUUAAAUUUAAUCAGACCUACAACAGCUUUUUUAGCAAUUUUCAAAACUUCAAGUUGAGUUUUUGUGCCUCAGUCCGCGAUUCAAAAAAUCGUUUCUCCUUAAUUCGAAGAGAUAGAAGAGCGAUUUAUUUCCUCGAUGUGAGGAAGAGGUUUAUUAAGAUUCUCAUUGAGUUUAAAUUUAAUCAGACCCACAACAGCUUUUCUAGCAAUUUUCGAAAUUUCAAGUUGAGUUUUUCUGCCUCAGUCCGCUAGUCAAAAAAUCGUUUCUCCUUAAUUCGAAGAGAUAGAAGAGCGAUUUUUUUCCUCGAUGUGAGGAAGAGCUUUAUUAAGAUUCUCAGUGAGUUUAAAUUUAAUCAGACCCACAACAGCUUUUUGAGCAAUUUUCAAAAUUUUCAGUUGAGUUUUUCUGCCUCRGUCCGCGAGUCAAAAAAUCGUUUCUCCUUAAUUCGAAGAGAUAGAAGAGCAAUUUUUUUCCUCGAUGUGAGGAAGAGGUUUAAGAUUCUCAUUGAGUUUAAAUUUAAUCAGACCCACAACAGCUUUUUGAGCAAUUUUUUAAAUUUCAAGUUGUGUUUUUCUGCCUCCGUCCGCUAUUCAAAAAAUCGUUUCUCUCUAAUCAGAAGAGAUAGAAGAGCGAUUUUUUUCCUCGAUGUGAGGAACAAUUUUAUUAAGAUUUUCAGUGAGUUUAGUUUUAAUCGGGCGAACAACAGGUUUUUGAGGAAUUUUCAAAAUUUCAAUUUGAUUUUUUGUGCCUCAGUCCGCGAUUCAAUAAAUCGUUUCUCCCUAAUUAGAAGAGAUAGAAGAGCGAUUGUUUUCCUCGAUGUGAAGAAGAGCUUUAUUAAGAUUCUCAUUGAGUUUAAAUUUAAUCAGACCCACAACAGCUUUUAUAGCAAUUUUCAAAAUUUCAAGUUGAUUUUUUGUGCCUUAGUCCGUGAGUCAAAAAAUCGUUUCUCCUGAAUUCGAAGAGAUAGAAGAGCGAUUUUUUUCCUCGAUGUGAGGAAGAGCUUUAUUAAGAUUCUCAUUGAGUUUAAAUUUAAUCAAACCCACAACAGCUUUUUUAGCAAUUUUCAAAAUUUCAAGUUGAUUUUUUGUGCCUCAGUCCGCGAGUCAAAAAAUCGUGUCUUCUUAAUUCGAAGAGAUAGAAAGGCGAUUUUUUUCCUCGAUGGGAGGAAGAGCUUUAUUAAGAUUCUCAUUGAGUUUAAAUUUAAUCAGACCCACAACAGCUUUUUGAGCAAUUUUCAACAUUUCAAGUUGAGUUUUUGUGCCUCAGUCCGCGAUUCAAAAAAUCGUUUCUCCCUAAUUAGAAGAGAUAGAAGAGCGAUUUUUUUCCUCGAUGUGAAGAAGAGCUUUAUUAAGAUUCUCAGGGAGUUUAAAUUUAAUCAUACCCACAACAGCUUUUUUAGCAAUUUUCAAAAUUUCAAGUUGAGUUUUUGUGCCUCAGUACGCGAGUCAAAAAAUCGUUUCUCCUUAAUUCGAAGAGCUAGAAGAGCGAUUUUUUUCCUCGAUGUGAGGAAGAGCUUUAUUAAAAUUCUCAGUAAGUUUAAAUUUAAUCAGACCCACAACAGCUUUUAAGUAAUUUUCAAAAUUUCAAGUUGAGUUUUUGUGCCUCACUCCGCGAUUCAAAAAAUCGUUUCUCCUUAAUUAGAAGAGAUAGAAGAGCGAUUUUUUUUCCUCGAUGUGAGGAAGAGCUUUAUUAAGAUUCUCAGUGAGUUUAAAUUUAAUCAGACCCACAACAGCUUUUUUAGCAAUUUUCAAAAUUUCAAGUUGAGUUUUUGUGCCUCAGUCCGCGAUUCAAAACAUCGUUUCUCCUUAAUUCGAAGAGAUAUAAGAGCGAUUUUUUUCCUCGAUGUGAGGAAGAGCUUUAUUGAGAUUCUCAGUGAGUUUAAAUUUAAUCAGACCCACAACAGCUUUUAAGUAAUUUUCAAAAUUUCAAGUUGAGUUUUUGUGCCUCACUCCGCGAUUCAAAAAAUCGUUUCUCCUUAAUUAGAAGAGAUAGAAGAGCGAUUUUUUUUCCUCGAUGUGAGGAAGAGCUUUAUUAAGAUUCUCAGUGAGUUUAAAUUUAAUCAGACCCACAACAGCUUUUUUAGCAAUUUUCAAAAUUUCAAGUUGAGUUUUUGUGCCUCAGUCCGCGAUUCAAAACAUCGUUUCUCCUUAAUUCGAAGAGAUAUGAGAGCGAUUUUUUUCCUCGAUGUGAGGAAGAGCUUUAUUGAGAUUCUCAUUGAGUUUAAAUUUAAUCAGACCCACAACAGCUUUUUGAGCAGUUUUCAAAAUUUUAAGUUGAGUUUUUGUGCCUCAGUACAGGAUUGAAAAAAAUCGUCACUUGCCAACUAGAAUAGACAGAAGCGCGAAUUUUUUUUGCUCAAUAUGAGGAAGAGUCUGGUUAAGAUGCCCCGGGAGUUUGGUUUCAAUCGGUCCAUUAUAAGGUUUUUAACGAAUUUUAGAAGGCUCAAGUUGGGUUUUUUGUUCCGCAGUCCGCACUCUAAAAAUGUGUCGCCCUCAAACUGGAAAUCGCAGAAACGCAAUUUUUAAUGUGUUUUCCUCAACAUUAGAGCUAAUGUUAGCAAGCUACACCGGGGAUUUCUGAGCAAAUUUUUUGAGACUAUUAUCGAAUUUUUACUAAUACCAGUGUCGAUGAAUGUUCGAAAAUUUGCAUCGCCAGCCCAGACAAAGCUGUAAAAUUGUGAAAACUCAGCGGAAAAAUAUUCUCAAAUAAGUUCAUUUAGAAGGACAAAGUCUCUUUUACAGAUUCUGAAAGUUUCGAUUUUCCACCGUCUUCGAGGAUUUUCGUGCCAAUUUUCGAUUUAUGACUGAAUUUUUGUGAGUAAAAGUGUCGAUGUAUGUGUAUACAUUUGCAGCUCAGGCCCAAAUUCAGCUCAAAAUUGCAGAAACUUUCGCAGGAAAUAAAAAAAUAAUUUUAUAAGCAGGAGAGUUUCCAUUGGCCACCAUCAUCAGGAAUUUUAAUGUAAAUUUGUGAAACUAGCUAAUUUUCAAGAGUAAAAAGGUGGAUGCAUGUACAAAUAAAAAUUCGUAACUUGAUUACAAAUUAAAGGAGAAUCAUGGGGAGUUUUUCAUAAGGAACAGAGAAACUCUCUUUUUUAUAUGCGCAUUUGGAUUUUCCACCUGGAAGAUGGAUUUUUUACACUAGCAAAUUUUGAAAAAGCUAAAGUGUGACCAUUUGCAUAGAAACUCGCAUGUAAAGCAUAAAUAGAUCAGAAAUAUUUGGACGAAUUUAAUUGGAAAGCGCAAAGUCUUCUUUACAGGGCCUGAAAGUUUCAGUUUUUCUCCUUCAUCAGAGAAUUUUGAGCAAAUUUUCCAAUUUAGUCAAUUUUUUAUGCGGAAACUGGCGAUAGAAGUUGCAUCUCAGACCCAAAAAUCGAGCGGCAAUUUUCACCGGGAAACGGAUACUUCGUUCUGACGAAAACUUUGUUGAAAAAACAGUCAAUCCUGCCCCCUUAAAUUUCCGACCUCGUACAAUAACAUAUAGCGGGAUCAAUGUUUUGUAAAUAUUACACAGGGUGAUAACUGAUAGUCUAUUUUUACUUUCCUUAUCUAAUUUAAUCGUUGUUGAUAUAUUUCUAUGUUUACUUAUUGAGCGAAUGUAUUAUAAAAGUAUUUCCUGAUUAUCCAGUAUUGUUGAUUUCACGUGAUUUUUUCACUGUAUAUUUUGUAUUAUAUUAUAUUAUUUGGAGUUCUAGAUCUAGAUAAUUUCCGAGUGACUUUACGAGCGAGUCUUCUUAGUGGCUUAUCGAAUUCUAAUCGCUUAAAACAUUUGUUAAAACUCUUCUCACUGCACAAUAAUUAAAGACAAUGGUUUAGACGUGUAAGAAAUACUAUAUUAUAUUAGCUGUAAAUGACUAUUGAUAGAGACAUUCUGUCGGGGGGCGAGUUUUCCUCGGGCUUUUCGCAUGUUUACCCCCACAAACACACUUUAAUCAUUUUUCCCCACUGAGGCUCUUAAGAAAAAGGAUUUUUAUACCGCUUAAAAUUAACCGUAGAUGAUAACUAUUUCGUUAACGUGAUGAUCACUGCACUGUAAAAACACCCGCAAAUCACUACCACCCUUUUCCCCCCCAGUUUCAAGUAUAAAAGCAAUACGUUUUCAUGGCUUGUUGUGUUGGUUUCUUUACAACUAUUGGACAUUCCUAGUGAAAUUAAUGUUGAGGAGUUUGCCCGUCAACCUGCCCAGGCAGGUUCUUAUCUAAAACUUUCCACAAUGUGUUAUUUAUGUACCGACAUAUCAGAAAUAAAAUGGUUUAUUUGAA